AUGGGUAACGUUAGCAGUAACCCGGAUGAGCACCCGACAAUGUACAUAAAGAAUCCAGACCGAUUUCAAAUCACAGAGAUAGUGGUGUCGAAUUCCGCUCACGAGCCUUAUAUAACUUUCCCUACAUCAUCGAAUCGGAUAGCAGCCAUACCAAAUACAGUAGAUCUUUUAGAGUUUACGCAAGACCCAGAGUUACAAUCAAAAGCACCGAAUAAAUUCUUGUUAAAGUUGUCGAAAGAUAAACGCUUCGAGUUGAAAUUCAAAUUUCGUGUUGGUGAAAAUUCCACAAAUACCGAAGAGUUGAAAGGUUUAACUUUUAUUAAUGCAACAAACGAAAAAGAAUUGGCGAGAAUACUGACUGUCGAGUUCAAUGUCGAUCCUAAUUUGCACAGACAUGCGAAUGUAGCACUUUUGGGCGACUUCACCCCAAAGCAAGAAGAAAUUGAGUGGACAUGGAAAUGGGUCCCUCCGCAUACAAUGGAUGAAUCUCAUCAUGGUUGGCGUAAUCAUUGUUGUUUUGCCGAAUAUAAUAAAAAAGAGCAUACUUUCCAAAUACUUGGGUAUUUUACAUUUUGGGUAGCUGAAAAUACAAUUCGAUUUUCGCAUCAUCGACAUUCAAAGAGCUUAAGCUCUAUCGAUGGGAGCACCGCUAACUUUCAGCAUCAUGAUUUGAAUCCACAACAACAACAAGCCUCACCAUCAUCUCCAUUUUCCAAAAGUCUUCGUCCGUCAAGCCCCGACCAGCCACCACCAACCAUCAACGUCUCGUAUACUACAUCGACCGCACCAUCAAUGUCUAGUGGAGGAGGAGGAAGACGAAUGUCUGACGACGCACAUCAACACGAACCUGAAGAUGGACCUCUUUUUCGGGCAACACUUUCUGCCUAUGAAAAGAAAACAGGUUCUCUCAGGCAUCAUGUAAAAAGAGUUUUAAAGACAGCCGCCGGCUCUCAUGAAGCCAUCUUAGAUAGUCUUAAAGCCGAUGAGGAUUUUUUGGAUGCGCUUCGAACAGCUUCCGCUGCACAUCCUCAGGCAUUUCAGCAACUUCUCGAUAACUAUUUUGAAGAAGCAUCAAAGAAAAUAUCCAUUUUCAAAGAAAACAUGGCACAUCAAAUGCAAUCUCUUCUUCUGGAACCUAUUCGAAAGCUAUACGAAAACGACAUAAAAGUCGCUGAGACCAAAAAAAAGGAAUUCGAGGAAGAAUCUCGAGACUAUUACCAAUUUUUAUCGAAAUAUUUGUCGCUGAAAGUGGACUCGGCGAAAGAAAAGAAAAAACUCGAAUCCGAUUCAAAGUACCAGAAUAAACGCAAAACGUUUGAACUGAAACGAUUCGAUUAUUAUGCUUAUAUGCAAGAUUUGCAUGGUGGAAGAAAAGACCAAGAGAUAUUGUAUCAUUUGACCAAUUUUGCGGAGAAGCAGUAUACUUGUUAUCAGCAAACAGCGACAACUGUCAAUCCGUUUCCGACAGAACCAUAUCAUGAAGGGGACAGUACAAAUCAAAGUAUAGGAAGCACAUCGACAGGUGACACUGCAAGUGAUGAAUAUUCGGCAAGUCCAGUCGGAUCACCAGUAAUAGUCCAAAAUCGAUUUAAAGGUAUACGUGAUAUGGAACAUCACGAUGCUGAAAAUGCAUUAUUGGCUGGCAGAAAGAAAGAAGGGUUCUUAUUUGCUACUUCUCGUGUUACACAACACGGUGCAGUCGACCCAUUAACUCUGACAAAUUGGCAUAAGUAUUGGUGUGUAUUGGCGGGAGGACAACUUUGUGAAUACAGUAAUUGGAAAAAACAACUUGAGACACAUAACGAGCCGAUUAAUCUACGAUUUGCCACAGUUCGAGAAGCUCGUGGCAUAGAUCGUCGGUUUUGCUUUGAAGUAAUCACUCCACAAUAUCGACGAAUUUACCAAGCAACUUCAGCCGAAGAUAUGAACUCUUGGGUGAUGGUAAUCUCAAAUGCUAUCGAAAGUCUCUUGAACGGGACAAGUAGUUGUCGCAAUUUAGAUCACCUGUUAGUGCAAGAUGAUCAUAACCCGGGAGCCCGGGAACCCUUGAAAAGACAAAACUCACUUAAACGACGAGGAACAUUAUCGAGUUUAACGGACAAAAGAAGGUUUGAAACGAGAAAAGUGUACUCAGUUCCCUCAAAACCCAAUAGCACUCAUAUAUCAAAUCACAGGGUUCCUCAAGACGCUGGUGGCAGUGCCGAUCCCGUGACUAUUACGGGAAAAAUUAUUGAUAUUAUCAAAAAUGCUGAUAGUUCAAAUUCAAUUUGCGCCGAUUGUGGUGCUCGCAAGACUGAAUGGUGUUCCAUUAAUUUAGGAGUUAUAUUAUGUAUUGAAUGUUCUGGUAUUCAUCGUAGUCUCGGAACACACAUAUCUAAAGUAAGAUCAUUGACACUGGAUACGAUAUCUUAUACACCUGAUUUAAUAGAACAGAUAAAGAUGCUUGGCAAUGCUCGAUCAAAUGCUAUUUGGGAAGCUAAAAUGGUGUCUGAAGUAAAACUGAGCUCCGCAGAAACUAAACAAAUUUCACCGGAUAACAAACUGAGUCCACCACAGGUGAAUAUCACCACGCCACCAGCCCAACAAAAUGGAACAUCACCUUCGCCAUCUCCAUCUACAAAACCCGAUGAUAAAUCUCUAUUAGGUACAUCACCAGAUGCAGAUUGGGUAGACAUUAUAAACAUGCUUAGCCCAUCCUCAUCGAAUACCACUACAAAGAAACUUCCACUCAUUCCUAAACCUUCCAACAGUGACUCACGUGCAAUCAAACAAAAAUUUAUCACUGCCAAAUAUGUAGAACGUGCUUAUGUUGAUUUUUCAUUGGUCGAUGAUGAUAGAACUGCAACAGAUUUAUUAUUCGAAGCGGUAAAGAAGAAUGAUGUACCAGGAGCGAUGCAAGCAAUCGCAUUGCGGGCAGAUGUGAAUGCUGCUCGACGAUUUGAGGUAGAAAAUGAUCAUGGCUUAAAAACGCCGUUAUUAUUAGCAUUACUGCAUAUCAAGAAUUCGACAUACUCAGAAAAAGGCAUAAAGCAAUUAUUCCCUAUGGCGGAAUUAUUGUUACAGAAUGGAGCAUUAGUAGAAAGAACAUUGAUUGAUGAACUUGAAGAUAUUCUCAAUAAUUCUAAAACAACAACAACUACUACUUUAAGACGUUCCGUUUCCGCAAAAAGUGCAGGUGCAUGGGCUGCGGAGGUAUUCGAUCUUAAGCAAAAAGGGAAAACCAUACUGGAGAUUGUACACGAUAGUGGCAACGAGGCUGCCAUUAAAUAUCUUUUGCCCAAAGCUGUCGCACGGGGUUCUUCUUCACCUACUCCGGGUCUCGGUGAAAAUGGGCUGGUGGCGUCAACACAGACCACAAGCACAGGUGGAGUAUUUGGUGGAACAGCUUUAGAGAAAAAGUCAACACAGAAUUUGGGACGAUCUUUGUCAAUGUCGGUUCGAAAUGUUAUGACUGGUUAA